AUGGCCACAGCCAUGUUCAUAUAUGCCAUGUUCAUGCGCUUGGUUCCCCCAACUCUUCAAGCUCGUGUUAGAAGGUACACCAACAAAUUCACCUCCUUGGUUUACCCUUACAUCAGAAUCACCUUCCAUGAAUUCACAGGUGAACGCCUCAUGAAAAGUGAGGCCUACACAGCCAUCCAAACCUACCUCAGUGAACACUCUUCCCAGAGUGCCACAAGGCUCAAAGCAGAAGUGAUCAAAGUCAAAGACACACACACCCCUUUAGUCCUUAGCAUGGAUGAUAACGAAGAGAUCAUAGAAGAGUUCCAAGGAGUGAAGUUGUGGUGGGGUUCUUACAAAAUCACCCCCAAAACUCAGUCCUUUUCUGUGUACCCUUCUUCAGAUGAAAAAAGGUACUACAAACUCACCUUUCACAAACGCUAUAGAAGCCUCAUCACCGAGUGUUACCUCAAACAUGUUUUGGAAGAAGCAAAGGCCAUUGAGAUGAAGAAUAGACAACUGAAGCUUUACACCAACAGUAAGACAAGGUGGAGCCAUGUGGUUUUUGAGCAUCCAGCAACUUUUGAGACACUUGCAAUGAGGCCUAAGGAGAAGGAGGGUAUCAUCAAUGACCUUGUGAAGUUCAAAAGUGGGAAGAGUUAUUAUACCAAGAUUGGUAAGGCUUGGAAAAGAGGGUACUUAUUAUAUGGUCCUCCAGGUACUGGGAAAUCUACCAUGAUAGCUGCAAUGGCUAAUUUCAUGAACUAUGAUGUGUAUGAUCUUGAGUUGACAGCAGUGGUGGACAAUUCUGAUUUGAGAAAGCUGUUAAUUAACACGUCAAGCAAGUCGAUUAUAGUGAUUGAAGACAUUGAUUGCUCUCUUGAUCUCACCGGUCAAAGGAAGAAGAAAAAGGAAAGAGUUGAGGGUAAAGAAGGAAAAAGUGCUUCUCUCAAAAGGGGUGAUGAAGAUGAUGAGGACAAGGGAAGUAAGGUAACACUUUCUGGACUAUUGAAUGUUAUAGAUGGGAUUUGGUCAGCUUGUGGGGGGGAGAGGAUCAUGGUUUUCACAACUAAUUUUGUGGAGAAACUUGACCCUGCUUUGAUAAGGAGAGGGAGGAUGGAUAAGCACAUAAAACUGUCAUAUUGUUGCUAUGAGGCAUUCAAGGUGCUUGCUAAGAACUACUUGGAUGUUGAGUCUCACCAUUUGUUUCCUAGAAUUGAGAAGUUGUUGGAAGAGACCAAAAUCACUCCUGCUGAUGUUGCUGAGACUCUGAUGCCAAAAUCAGAGGAUGAAGAAGUGGAUACUUCCUUGCAUAGCUUGAUUCAAUUUCUUGAGAUGACAGAAAUCAAGAAAUCCAAUUUGCAACAGAGUAAAGAUAUUAAACAUGGUGAAGUAGUGAUGGAAGAAAAUGGUGUCAUCAAUUAG